AUGGCCUGUGUUGCUUUAUCUUCGCUGAUGCGAACAAUAGAGUUGGACUUUCUGAACCCGGGACGAAGUGCGAUAGUUGAGGAUGAAGAACAGGUGAAACAUCUCUACCAAAGUCUUGGCUUUUUGGAAGAAUUCUUGGACAAGUCCAAAGAUAACGUUGCGGUAAAAAAAUUGGAACCUAAAAUCAAAGAUUUAGUGUUCCAAAUAGAAGACAGAAUCGAAAAGGAACUUGAAACUAUACACGGAGAAACAUACAGUGAGCCCCAACGACAAAAAGCUCAGAGAAGACUCCCCUCGACCUUAAAACAAGCAAUAAGGGACACUGAAGAUUUGAUUGUCGAGAUUAGGAAGAUACUGAACAGCCCUGUCCAAGAUUUUCCAAGUGCAGAGCCUCAGGCUUCGUGUGGUGGGUCUACUGAACACGCCGCAGCUUCAGAAAUUAUGGAAGGACGUGGCCAGAAAUUUGAAGAGAUAAUGGACCAACUCAUCCGCAAGUGCUCAUCAGGACGAGAAGUAAUUUCCAUUGUCGGGAUGGGAGGUAUUGGGAAGACAACUUUAGCAAGAAUGUUGUAUGAAGAUCCAUUGGUUUCUUCACAUUUUGACAUUCUUGUGUGGACUGUUGUUUCCCAAAAACAUGAUGUGAGAAGGAUGUUACUUAACCUCCUUAACAAUGAAGCAGCAAAGAUUGAUGAAGUAACAGAAGAUGGUGAACUGGCUGAAAAUCUAAAGAAAUGUUUGAGGGGCAAGAGGUAUCUAAUUGUUUUGGAUGACAUAUGGAGCACCAGUUCUUGGGAAGGUAUCCAGUUGUUUUUUCCUGAUGACAACUGUGGGAGUCGAAUAUUGUUGACCACUCGACACAAAGAGGUUGUUGAUUCUGCUGAUUCAUCAGUUGUUGUAGUUGCAGGAGUUUUUUCAAAACUCGAAAAAACUGUUGAGGAAUGGCAGAAUAUUGAAAAGCAAACAAAUUCAUUAGUUGUAACUACAGAUCUUAGUGAGCAGUGUUCAAGAAUACUCAGCCUGAGUUACAACUACUUGCCACUGCAUUUGAAAGCUUGCUUUUUAUAUUUGAGCACCAUCCCAGAAGAUGAAGCAGUUAUAGUUAAAAGACUUAUAAGGUUAUGGAUUGCUGAGGGAUUUGUGGAGUUAAUAAACAGUAAUGAGAAGUUGGAAGAGGUGGCUCAUGGGUAUCUACAAGAUCUUGGUGAUAGAUGCUUAAUCCAAAUUCAGGAGUGGCGCUCCAAUGGAAAAAUGAAGACGUGUAGGAUGCACGACAUGGUACAUGAGUUUUGUGUGAGGGAGGCAAUAAAAGAGAAGCUCCUGAAUGUUGAAAAUGAAGAACAUCCCUGCGGCGAACUGCAAGAAGAAGGAUGUCGUUGGUUAAAUUUCUUGCCAAAGAAGAUCCUACGACGUGAUGGUCUCCAAGAGUUGGAUAAUAUGUAUGUACCUCGCUCCAUUUUGUAUUUGCAGCAUACAAGUUAUGCAUCAGAAGUUAUUGAUGAGCCAGAUGAUGACCUAAGGUGGUGGGGCUUAUUGUUAUGUGUUUUGGAACUUAGACAUCCAAUCACCUCCCCCUUAUACUUAAAUUAUAUCUCUCUUCUGAGAUAUGUUAGUAUGUCUGGGCGAUUCAUCUCUUCCACCUGA